ACGCUGUGCAUGAUCGGAAACAGUACCAAUAAAAAAGUCUCAUUACCCAACACCGCUACACUUUUGAACAUUUUAUACGCCAGCCGGUAGAGCGCAGUAUUUCAUUGGCGGAUUUUCAUCAUUUUGAUAUCAGUAUAGGAAAGUGUAGCGGCUACAGCAGUGAAAGUAUCCCAAAAUUACCAUAGGUGACAUGUUGAAUCGACCGUGUUAACUUGGGCGAAUAAUAUUUAGCAAUAAUUAUGGCGGGUUCUGCUCUUAGACGUUUAAUGGCAGAAUACAAACAAUUGACACUGAAUCCUCCGGAAGGAAUAAUCGCCGGACCAAUUAACGAGGAGAAUUUUUUCGAAUGGGAAGCUUUGAUCACCGGACCCGAAGGAACUUGCUUUGAAGGCGGAGUAUUUCCAGCAAAGCUAAUUUUUCCCCCUGAUUAUCCCCUGAGUCCUCCAAAGAUGCAAUUCACAUGUGAGAUGUUUCAUCCGAACAUAUAUGCUGAUGGAAGAGUUUGCAUUAGCAUUCUUCACGCGCCGGGAGAUGAUCCGAUGGGUUACGAAAGUAGCGCGGAAAGAUGGAGUCCUGUGCAGAGUGUAGAAAAAAUUUUAUUGAGUGUCGUCAGCAUGUUGGCAGAGCCUAACGAUGAGAGCGGAGCUAAUGUUGACGCGGCUAAAAUGUGGAGAGAAGAUCGCCUUGAAUUUGAGAGAAUUGCACAGAAGCUAGUUAAGAAGACUCUUGGAAUUCCAAUAUAGUCUUAUAUCAUAAAAAUGAAUCGAAUGUUAUCUAUGUACCAAUUGUUUUCAUCAUUUAUUUACUGCUCGUUAAAUUAUCAAAAUAAUUGUAUAUAAAACGUGAAAUAUGGAAUUUAGGUUUUCAAAA